ACGAGAACUUCAUUCCUUCUUGGGUAACUUGCUCUUCACAUUCUAUCCAAAUCCUUCCCACUCCUGCCACGAUGACUCGUUUCUUUUGCUGCGGAAGCUACUUCCCAGGCUAUCCUUCCUAUGGAACCAAUUUCCACAGGACCUUCAGAGCCACCCCCUUGAACUGCGUUGUGCCCCUUGGCUCUCCCCUUGGUUAUGGAUGCAAUGGCUACAGCUCCCUGGGCUACGGUUUCGGUGGAAGCAACUUUAGCAACCUGGGCUGUGGCUAUGGGGGCAGCUUUUAUAGGCCAUGGGGCUCUGGCUCUGGCUUUGGCUACAGCACCUACUGAUGGACCAUGGCUCCAGAUGACUACGGGACCCGCCCUCAAUUCUCUGUGUGCAGAACAGCCUGAAAAACAAUGACUGUCUUCCUGCCUCCAGAAACACUUGAGAGAGAUACAUUGCAGUCUUCUUGAUCUCCGACAUUGCUGAACAAGUCACCCAGGCAUCAGAUGCUGAGCUGAUACUCAUCUACAGCCAAAGCAAGAUUUUGUAUUUCUCUAACAUACUUGAAUUUUACUAAUGAGGAAGACAGUCUGUCUCUUAUUAUGAUAGCUCUGCCCAUGUAUCAUUAAGUUCUACAUCAAUAUCAAUGCAUUACUAUUACAUGUGUGAGUAGGAAGGGGUUUUGCUGUUCAUCACAAUAAAUCCAGUUCAUUCAGCACAAA